CACUUCUUGCUCCUCGUCUUUCCCCCAUCCACGACCCGACAUAUCCCCACCAUGUCGCUCAUUAGAGCAGGAACUGCCUGUUUCCGUGCCGGCCGUCUGGUCGCACCUCUCAAUGCCCGCUUCGUUUCCGCCAAUGCCGGUCCUGGUGGCCCGUCGGUGAAAACCUCCCCUUCGGAUGCCCCGACCACCACCCACAAGAGUAGCACCUUGAUCCGUCAAGAGAGCCCCUCGGAGGCUAUGGCCCGUCAUCAGCCGGAUUACGAUGCCACCAUUGAUGCCGCUACCUCGCAAUUCUCUCCUGUCCCCAAGCGUGUCAUGGACGGCAGCGAGCCCGGCGAGACCGUUCCCGCCGCAGUCCUCUCCGGCGCACCCACCGACCUGCAGGCUCGUACGGUCAGAAUCUACCGCCCCUCGAAGCCCGCGACGCAGUCCGGCACCUGGCACGGCCACCACUGGAAAAUGGACUGGGACAUCUUGCAGCGGGGUCACCGGUGGGAGAACCCGCUGAUGGGCUGGCAAUCGUCCGCCGAUUUCAUGCAGGGAACCGCCCUGAACUUCAAGUCCAAGGAGGACGCCAUCAUGUUCGCGCAGAAGCAGGGGUAUGAGUACUUCGUGCAGGAGCCGAAUGAGCGCCGCUUUGUGCCCAAGUCUUAUGCCAACAACUUCGUCCACGAGUCGAAGAAGCUUAAGCACAUCAAGACCAAAUAAUCGAUUCUUUCUGGUGUAUUAUGUGUACAUAAUUGCAAGCUUUUGCUUCUAUUCGGAUCUUCUCAGAGUCCCAAUGAUUUUCUGCGUUUUUGGGUUGAAACCCUUGAUAGAGGCGUGGUAGGAUCUCAACCGACGUAUUGGUUGUGUUUAGACAAAGCCGGUCUUGGGAUAUAUGCCAUUGACGAUUCUGCAGGACUCAAAUGUCCAUAACACAGCUAUUAGCUCUGAGCUCUGGCCUGUGCUUAUUUCUAGUGCUUGCCUCCAGUACCACCAGCAGUGGUCAAGUUGAAGAUCCAGGCUGAACAACGCUGCGAGCUAGACAGGACGCACUGGCACAAUCAAUAUCCAAGCACUUCCACAAUACAAAUCCAUUGCCUACAUAGUCCAAUCAAU